UGUAGCGGCAAGAUGUGGAGAUGAAGAGCAAGAAACCACCACCCGCACCCCAGGCAGGCGGUUCGCGGGGCGGGGCUCCCCCAGCACCUCGCUGCCCGCGCCCCUGCUCAGCACAGUCCUGCGUGCAGCCAUGCGUCCUGCCGGAGUACUGCUGGUCGUCUGUGGCCUCAUCCUGGCUGCCACGGGGGACCCUUCGCGAGAUUUUUGUUCCCAGAUCCUUAACUCGGGUGUGAAGCCAGGAUUUCCCAAGACUAUCAAGACCAACGACCCGGACGUCCUCAGGGCAGCCAGACACAGCGCCGAGAGCUUCAACAACUGCAGCAACGACGCCUUCCUGUUCCGGGAGUCGCACGUCAGCAGAGCCCUCGUCCAGAUAGUGAAGGGCCUGAAGUUCAUGCUGGACCUGGACAUCAGCAGAACCACCUGCAAGAAGACCAGGCACUCGAGCCUGGACGACUGCAGCUUCCAGACCAACCGCACCCUGAAGCAGACUCUCAGCUGCUACUCUGAAGUCUGGGUCAUCCCCUGGCUCCAGAGCUUCAAGGUGCCUGUCCUCCGCUGUCACUGACUCCCACCUCCCAGCUCCAUCCCUGCUGUCGUGGGCCCUGGGAAACAGCAU